AUGGGCUUCAAGGCCUUUUUCAAGAAUCGCUCCGGUCUGCGCGUCGAUAACCGCAAGACAACCUCCGCGGCGACCCUAACUCUACGCCAGAGUUUGUGGCCGCUCAGUCUCGUCACAAUCCUUUUCUUCCUAUGGGGCUUCGCAUACGGCCUCCUCGAUACCCUGAACAAGCAUUUCCAGAAUACCCUGCACAUUGACCGCACGCGCUCUGCCGGUCUCCAAGCCGCAUACUUCGGCGCAUACCCCCUCGCCUCGCUGGGUUACGCAAACUGGAUCCUGCGCAAUUUCGGCUACAAGACCGUGUUCAUCUUCGGGCUGACGCUAUACGGUAUCGGCGCGCUGUGUAUGUGGCCGGCGGGUUUGCACCAGUCUUUCGGCGGCUUCUGCGGCGCAACGUUCGUUAUUGGCUCUGGCUUGGGCUCGCUCGAGACUGCGGCGAAUCCGUAUUUGACUGUCUGCGGCCCACCCCGUUACUCUGAGAUCCGGAUCAACUUCGCGCAGUCGUUCAAUGCCAUUGGCACCGUCGUCGGCCCCGUGCUGGGCUCGUAUGCCUUCUUCACGGAGACAUCGGACAAUGUCACCGCCCUACAGCGUGUUCAAUGGGUCUACCUCGCCAUUGGCAUCUUCGUCUUCUGCCUGGCGGCAGUGUUCUUCGUCUCGAAUAUCCCCGAGGUCACAGACGAGGACAUGGCGUUCCAGGUAGCCGAGACGCAUAUCGAUGAGCAGGAUAAGCCUUUCUGGAAGCAGUGGAAGCUGUUCCAUGCCACCUUGGCCCAGUUCACAUAUACCGGCGCCCAGGUCGCCAUCGCUGGGUACUUCAUCAACUACGCCGUCGACACCUGGCCUGGCACCGACAGCGCCAAGGGUGCGAAGCUUCUUGCCGGUGCGCAGGGCGCCUUCGCCGUCGGCCGUUUCCUCGGCUCCGGCAUGAUGAAGUAUACCAAAGCCCGCUACGUCUUCGGCGUGUAUCUUUCCUGCUGUGUGGCCUUUCUGGCCGCCUCCAUCACCCAGCGGAACCAAACUGGCAUUGCAAUGCUGUUCAUGACCCUGUUCUUUGAAUCCGUUUGUUUCCCAACCAUCGUCGCUUUGGGCAUCCGUGGCCUCGGCCGCCAUUAUAAGCGUGGCUCGGGAUUCAUUGUUGGCGGCGUGUGUGGCGGUGCCGUUGUACCCCCGAUUCUGGGCCAUGUUGCUGAUAUGAAAAAUAAUACGGGCUUUGCGAUGAUCGUGCCGACUAUGUUCAUGGUCGUUGCUUGGACGUACGCCGUCGCGGUCAACUUCGUUCCCUCAUACAAGGAGACGGUGGACAAGGUUGGAGAGAGUACUGUGGGGCUGCAGAAUCAGAAUGCCAAGGACGAGGAGACUGCUGUUGAAAAUAUGGCGGGCAAGGACGGUGAGGCGGUCCAUUUGGAGCGGUAG